CAAAUUAGAACAGAGAGGCAAAAUUAAACCAUCUUUGUGAAGCGCAACAAAAGCAUGGAUUCAACAAUGGCUGUUUUAUCUGUAAAAUCAGCGAAGAAGAAAAAGAGGAAGCUUAACAGCGCCAGAGGCGAAGAGAAGCCCAGAAAAACCCCACGGAUUGACCCGUCGGAGAUGGGAUUAAAAGGAGUUGAAGAAGGUGGAAGCUCAGAACCGAUGGAACCAAACCUGAAGCUGGAAGAAGAGCGUCCAUGGAGGAAUCUGCAGUUGAUCUUAUCAUUGCAAAAUAAAGAAAUUGAGCUCCGAAAGAAGGUGGAGUUAGCUUUUGAAUAUGUUGGGUUUAGAAAGCAAGAAGGGAGUGGUGGCGUGGAUGAAGAUUAUGAGACAGUGAAGACAUCGAGAUUAGUUGUUUUUCUUAAUGAUUGGAUUCAGUCAUUGUUAAUUGCUCCAGAAAAGAAAGUUAAAGUUGAUGGAAUUGUUGAGGCAUGUUUGGAUUUGAGAUGCUGGCAGAUUUUCAAGUUCUGCUUGGAGGAGUCAUCCAGAUGGCAUGUUUCUUUGAAUUUCUCGCGGAACCUCUUACGGGCAAUCAGUUAUAUUGCAGGAAAUGUAGCGUCUCUUCUCAGCAAUACAAUUUCGUCUUCAAAAGAAUCAAUGUUUGGUGGUGAAGAGUUUGCGUUGUAUAGUGUAGUGCUUGACUGUGUUUCCUUGUUAUUCUCAUCUCAAAGUGGCUUGUCAAAUGAGAAUUUAGACUUGUGGGUUUCAACCACUGUUGCAGUGAUUGAGAUGGUUCACAAAGUUUAUAUUGAGAACCUUGAGGGUGGCAAGAUAGGUGCUUUUGUUUUGCAAUUCUCCUGCUUGGUUCUUGAACCAUUUGCUAAAUUUUUGAAGGUCCACCCAACUCGGAAGAAUGGAUUUCAUGAUUUUGUUGAUAAGCUUCUAGAGCCACUGCUGCAUCUCUUAAGUGUCUUGCACGGUAAGAUUGAAGAGAAUAAUCCUGGCUGGACAAGAAACUUGCUAAAGCUGGUUGAAGAAGUUUUGUCUCAUGGAUUGUUUCAUCCAGCUCACAUUGAUGGAUUUUUGGGAUUACGCAGUAUAGAAAAAUAUGCUGGAUCAGAGGAUGGAAAAGUGAAAAACUUGAAAGUGGUUAUUAAAAGUUAUCAUCGGCAUUUAUUUGACAAACUGGGAAGCAUUGUAGCUGAAAAGAGAGUAGUAGCAUUGGAUAGCACUGGGGAACUAUUUUCCUUGUUUGUUGAUCGGGUGAAAACGCAGAAAGGAACUCCAGUCCUAUUUGAAGGUAACAAGGUCAAGGGAAAAACUGGAAGAUCAAGGCACUUAGGAGAUGAUACGUCAGGUCAUGUGGCCAGCUCAAGUAAUUUAAAUGCAGAGACAAGAAAAUCACUACUUGAUUUUUUUGUUCAGAUUUUGGAGCCUCUUUUACUUAAGAUUGAUGAAUAUCUUCAAUCUAACUUGCCAGCUAGGUUCUCGUUGUUGGACUUUAAUUGUACACUGAAGCCCAUUAAUAACCUGCUUGCCAGUUUUAUGCGGGAAAGAGUUUACAUAAGAACAGAGGAUAUCACAGAAGGAGCUUGCUUUAAUUUUUUAAAGAAGGUGUAUGACACAAUAGUUUCAUUUGCCUCCAAGUUGCUCUGCUUGUCAAAAUCUCAAAUAGAUACUGGGAUGCAGAAGAUGUUUCCUUCAUUAGCUAAGGAGCUAUUUGUUUCUAUAGGGUACUUUUUGGAUAUUGAAUAUGAGGUUGCUGGUAAUGAUUUAAUUGGCUUAUGGCUUAUCAUGCUUUCGUACUUGAGCUCCGGUCUCUCUUUCAUGGAUCCACAAGAUCAAUGCUUAUUGACUUCCCCAAUUUUAGAUCUUGGGUGCCAGCUAAUUAAUCUCUACAGUGCACUUCGUCAGGUGAGUAAUUGUAUAUUUUCACUGUGCAAAGCUGCAAGGCUUGUAAUAUGUUCACAACUCAGUGAUGGUGAAGUUAAUUGUGCUGGAUCUUUGUCCUCUGUAAUGACCUUAUCUAAUCACACAUGUGCAAAAUCUGUUAGAAUUCUGCUAUGCUCACAAGAAUUUAAACUUGCAAUUCAUCAAGCUUUCAAGUCCAUACCAGAAGGGCAAGCAAGUGAAUGUAUUCAGCAGUUAACAGCAGAUGUAUCAGAAUCUAUGGAAUGGACAAAAAAUAGUUGUUCAGAGACAGAUGGAAAAGAAUUUGGAAGGUUGGAAAUUGGAAAUUGUGAAGUACAUUUUUUUAUGCAAGCAGAAAUCUUGGGAACACUGUUUUCUGAGAUUUAUAUAUUAUUGCUAGAUUCACUGAUUGUCACAUCAGGUAACAGUAGUAUGCUUGGACUUUAUGUGAAAAAGAUGAUGACUACGAUUCAACCAUUUAUCAGUGGUCUGGCUAGACUAAAGCCUGAUGGUAUCUAUGAGUUCCUAUCUUCUCUCAGUGGAAGGGCUCUUGACAAUAUGAUAGCUGAAAACAGAAAUAAGAAGUAUUUAAUAUCCUUUUACUGGAUAUUUGUCUUCUUCUCUCGUUUGUAUAUGUCCUGCAGAAGCUUGUACAGGCAAAUCAUUGGCCUUGCACCACCUAACGAAUCAAGGAAAAUGGCAACAGAAAUAGGAGAUGCAUUUACAGUAUAUACAGGCAGGGAUUGGAUGGAGAAAGAUUUGACUGAUAAGGGCUACUUUUCUUGGAUUCUCAAUCCAUCACCUUCUGUUCUUGAACUUUUACACUGCAUAUCAAACAUUUAUUUUAAGGACAACAUUGGUGAUUGCUGUCCACUGAUUUAUGUGCUGAAUGCUAUAGCCCUCCAGAGACUUGUUGAUCUGAAUAGGCACAUAAUGUCUCUUCAGUUCUUGUUGCAACAUAAUGAUAAUUUCAUCCAGGCUAAAAUGAAUGAUGAUGCUGACUUGUCUCUUGUGAGUAAAAAAAGCAGGAAACUGAAAAGGCACAUCUCCAUUUUGAAGAAAGAGGCAGUGGGUCUUACUGAUUUCAUGCUGGGAUUCCUGUCAUUAGUAGCUAAUAAUCAACCAUUGACAUCUGCUUCUAAUGAUGCAUCUUGUGAGAAUAAAUGUUUCAAAGUGCAUGGAAAUAAUGGAUGGGAUUUGGGUGUUUGUACUUUGGAUGAGAACUCAUUGCCCAGUGCAAUUUGGUGGGUUAUUUGCCAAAAUGUUGAUAUUUGGUGUGCUCAUGCUGCUACUAAGAAGAUGAAGAAGUUUCUCACACUUUUGCUUCAGACCUCCCUUCCCUGUUUGUCAAGAAGUUAUAUGCAAGGACAGGAAGAUAUUGAUAAAGCUGGUCGGCUCAAGAAAGUUAGCGUCCCACAAAUUUCAAUGGAACUUCUAAAAGAUUCCAGUCUAUAUGACCAUAAAUUUGUUCGCAGGACUUUUGCAUCAAGAUAUUGUGGUAUAUUAUCGCAAUAUGCCUUACGAUUAUUUCGUCAUUCUUCCAUUGAGGAUUUUUGUUUUAAUGCUGCACCUAACUGGCAAGAAGUUUUAAGUACACUUAAUACAUUGUCAGCAGCUGUUUCAAGCAAAAGAGAUGUGAAGUAUGGUUCUGCAGUUGAAUCAAUUUCAAAUUCAUCUGAUUCAGAUAUUUCAAAGCCACAAAAAUCCUUUCUUGUAACUGAAUGCACAGUCAAAGAUUGUCAUAGCUUGCUUAACUUUCUGUGUUGGAUGCCAAAAGAAUAUUUGAGUUCAAAAUCAUUCUCACUUCUUGCAACUUACAUCCUCAACCUUGAACGGCUUGUAGUUGCAAGUUUAUUACAAUGUCAGGGUGCACUUUUGAAUUACCACAAGCUUCUGCAGUUGUUUGUGGCUUGUCGGCGGACUUUGAAAAAUAUAAUUAUGGCAUCUUGCAAGAAGACAGAAAAUAGUCAAUCUUCACUUCUUCCUGUAAUUGCUGAAAGUUCAUUGUUUUUCUCUUGGCUCUUCAAGUCAGUAUGUGUGGUGGGUGAACUUCCAGAGUCAUGGACAGAAGAUUGUGCAUCUGAAUCUAAACGCAUGCUCUUUUCAUUAAUGGAUCACACAUCAUAUGUUUUCCUAACAAUAAGUAAAUAUCAACUUGGUCAUGCAGCUCUCUAUUUUACAAAUGCUGAGUGGCCUUCUAGGCAAUCCAGUUCUGGCAUUGUUGAAAAGCAUGGUAUAGAUGAAAUGGAUUCAUGUUUGGAUUACUCAGGAGAAAGUGAAGCCUUGAGAAGUCUGCUUGUUGUUGCUGAGAGUUUGAAGGAACAUGCAGAAAGCUUACUCAUCUCUCUAAAGGAUGCCCUUCCUAAUGAAAAAGUUCUAGUGGAGGAUAAUGUUGUAAAUAUUAAUAAAUCAUCUGUUGUAGUCUCUUGCAUUAGUGGGUUUUUGUGGGGCCUAGCAUCUGCCAUAGAGCUGAUAGGUGAAAAAGGUAGUGAGCACAAGGCAAAAUUCCUAAGUCGGAAAUGCAAACCUUUCUUGAAGCUCAACCUCUGUGUUAAUAUAUUUGCUGACACAAUUUGUGAUUUCCUCCAGCUCAUGUUUGUUAACAAUAAUCAGCAGCCUUUUAGCUACUGCAAUGCUAAAAGUUUUGAAGAGUUGGAUGGUAACAGGUUAUUGGGUUCAGGGGAGUUUUCACCUUGUAAUAUGUCAUCUGGUAAACAGCAUCUGGAAUUAGAAUCUAUAAGGAUUGACCCAGCAUCUUCUGAUAUUGGUGAUAACUCAGCCACUGCUCCUGUUCAUAAGAGUACUUCACCAAUGGAAAAUGCAUACUGUUCUGGUACUGAGGUUAAUUUAAUUGAGCUUCAUGGUCUUAGGAAGCAUCUUUUACAAGACUUGUUCAAGGGUAAGCACCCUGAAAUGGCAAUUUUACUGAGGCACUUAUUGAUUGCUUCAUCUGCCAUUUUAAGUCUAAAUUUAUAUAUGAAUAAUACUCUCUUAUUGUCAAGUUUGGUGCCAAUCUCUACUGGCAUUUCACAACUCUUGUUGUUGGAGCUGGCAAAUUCCUUUGAAAUACCACAACCAUUUACUUUUGUUUGGCUAGAUGGUGUUCUUAAGUAUCUGGAAGAACUAGGAAAUAACUUUACAUCAACCAAUCCCACAUUGAAUGGUGAUGAAUAUACCAAACUGAUUGGAUUACACUUGAGAGCUAUAGGAAAAUGUAUAUCUUUACAAGGGAAAAGGGCUACUUUGGAGUCUCGUGAGAGAGAAUCGAAUACUAGGAUACUCCAUGGUGGUAUGGGAUUAUCUGAAUCAUUUCUUUCUCAUGAGCAACAUUGCUUAAAUGAUUUCAAAGCUAGGUUGAGGAUGUCAUUCAAAGUGUUCAUAAAGAAACCACCAGAGUUGCUUCUGUCAUCAGCAGUUGAGGCUAUAGAGAGAGCACUAGUGGGAGUACAAGGAGGCUGGACAACAAUAUAUGAAAUAAACAAUGGAAAUCCAAAUGGUGGCAGGGUUUCAUCAGCUCUUGUCGCUGGCAUUGACUGUUUAGAUCUGGUUCUUGAAUAUGUUUCAGGUAAUGUUAUACCAGCACCUUAUUGAUGCCAUUUUGGAGAACAUGAAUGUGAAAUAAUCUCAUCAUAAUCUUUACUGCCUCUGCUACCAAGCAAUUUUGUUUUUUGAUAGUAUUUGACAUAAUGAUAUGUUGAAGUUUUUUUCGACAUUGUUCUUCUCUUGCCUGAUGGAAUAUGCAGGCCAGUUUGCAAUUUCAAUAUAUUUUAAAUUGCAUU